CCAAAAACGCAACAAGGGGAAAGUAUCUUCAAACCUGAUCAUCUGAGCUGCUUUACUCUCUCUGAUCCAUCUGCAGGUUUAGGGCUAUAGAUCAUUAAAUUCUAAAAAUCAAUACUUUACAAACGAUCUUGGCAAGAUAGCUAUAGUACAUAAACUGACAGAGGCUUUAAACUUUACAGGACAAACGUAUUGCUACAGAAGCUUGUGAUUUCAAGUAAGGCGACGCAGAUUUUCGUUGAUCUAAAUACUUAUUUGCCGUAGGAGCAACAUGUCCUCACCUGAAUCAUCAGCACACAGAAGCAGUGAUGGCGUGAACCCUUUCAAAGCAUCUGAACACAACGAUCUUUUCCAGAUGAUAAACAAAGAAAAAUCUCAGAGGAAACUGGAGCACCAAAGUAAGUUGGCUUUACCUGUCCAUGAGAAGAUAACAUUUGCAUGCAGAACAAGGGCAGGACAAACCAGACUAAGGAAGGAACUGAAAGAGGAGGGUAGCAUACCAGUCACACAUACUCACAGGCAGCUCCAAAUUACGCCCGCAUGGAGGGUAUCUAUGAAAGACCCUAAUAUUGACAAAGGAGGCAUGAAUGAAUAUAUCACUAAGAAACGUGAGCUCUUCUUACUGGAGUAUUCUCUGGCAGUAAAGAAAGGAGAGAUUCAGCUACUGGAGCAAAUGGCUUCAGAAGAAGAGGCGAAAUUGACAAGAGCUGAGAAGUUUUUGGAAAAUGACGCCACCUUGUUUGAAGAAUUCCUAAAAGAAAAUGACAAGAAUUCGGUGGAGGCUAUCAAAAUUGCUGAGCAGGAGACAAAGGUGAAGCUGGAGAAAGUUGCUGAGAUCAAGAAGAUAACUUCAAAAAUGGUGGCAAUCAAGAGUGACAUCUCUAAGUAUGAGGACAUCCUGAAGGAGUAUAAAAAGUAUAAAGAGUUUAUGGUUUUGUUUUUGUGACAUGUAUGGGUGUGGGGACAUAGUUCCAAGAGUAGGCACUCUACUGUCUCCCCAAAUACUGAAAAACAGGCAGAAAAAAUCAAAAAGAACAAAGAAAGAAAGACAGCAGAAGGCAGCAAGUGUGGAGAAAGACGAGGGGUUCGUGGUUUUCUAUCCUCUCAGGAGGCCAGGGCUACAUCUCGACAAAGUGUGAAGUCCAGCAAUCAAAGCAGAAAAAUAGCUGCACCUGGGACUGACAGCUCGGAUUAUGAGGAGGACCCAGUGAUGUUCUUCAAAGAACCUCAGGAUCUUUUGAACCUAAUGACUGAGCUGGAAGAGCAGAACCUUUCCCUCAUCCAAAACACUAGAGAGACAGAAGAGGCUUUGGAGGAGUUCAGACAGAAUGCUGAACUGACUCGCAAAAACAUGGAGUCUGAGUCAAAGCAGCUAAAAGCGCAGAUUGAUAUCAUUACUGACACCAUUCAGAAGGAGAAAGAGAGAGCAGCAGAGCUGGAAAUGAAAGCCAAACUGUUCAGCUUUGAACAGUACAAACCAGAGGACCAGGACAAGACGCUUGACUCACUGAGCCGUAAGGUGGAGGAGGUGUACCACUGCUGUGUGGGGGAAACUGAGGCGAACCUGACAACUUUGCAGAUGCUAACAGCCAUUGAGGAAAAAUUAGGGGAGCUUCUGGAAAAUGCAGAUAUGAUUCCAAAAGACCAAAUGAGUAUAGCUGAACGUGCCAAAGAGAAAGAGAGGAGAAUGAGGCUGCGUGAUGAGAAGAUAUUUCUGCAGAUGAAACAACAGGAGGAAAGACAGAAAAAAGCCCUGGAAAGAUCUCAGGCUGAGAUUAAGAAAACGUCCGUCAAGAAGCUGAUGCCACGCUCUCAGCCUCCUGUCCGCAAACGUGAGGCGAACAAAAACACUGAAGCUACAGACCGGGAGAAUGAAGAGUUCCUGUAUUUCUUAAGUUAACAUGAGCAUGUUGAUACUUGCUUGACUAUAAAUACACAUUUAAUUCUA